CAGCUUGGACCCGAAGCGCCAUUCCCAAGGAAUGUUUGGUCUAUAGGGCUAGUCCAGUGUAUUAGUCUGAUUGUCCCGUUUUAGGUGAGAGCUGCGCCUGGCAUAUUGUGGUGAAAUCAGUGGCUGGAGUUGGAGACGGUCCCUAUGCCGAUCUUACCGUACCAAACUCCAUCAACAUGGCUGAUGUGAACGCUAAGCUGAUGUCCAGCCCACUCCCUUAUGCUAACGCUGAUAUCCCCGCCAAUUGGGAGAACCGCAACAUCCUCCAGGUAAAAAUCGAGGUUUAUUCCAGUGGUCUUAGACAAGCUUGUUUCGUCUUUAACGGCCAAAAGUCUACGGUGAUCUCGUGGAUGUCACGUGAUCGACUGAUAUGCUCCUCAUACCAGGCCCCUGACCACGAGAAGCUGGAUUUACUGGACGUGGCUGGAGAGGCACCAUUCCGAUUCAGCGUGCACGAGACCAGAGGCGGAUGUGAGGGCACCUGCGGGUUUCUCUCUGCCGUAGAACCCGGCAGUGAUUGCCCGUCUCUGGCUGGGGGUCCUGUGCGACCCUACUUCCUGUACAGCACUCGGGGGUCGUCCUGUGCUCGCUGGCAUAGGGGUGAUGAAUACGGAAUUGGCGAUCUCUUUGUGGUUUCUGUCCUGAUGUGUGAUCUGAACAGCUGAUAGAUCAAAGAGCUAAUAGAGAUGCGAAACAGGAUAUAAAAUGAUUACUUUCUCUACGAUGCAUUGGUUAUUGUAGGUUUGUGGAGUUUGCAGCUAAUUCUCAGGGAUUUGUAUUCACUAAGCUGUUAACCGCUGC